AUGUUUGCUAGUUACCUAGACGGCAAAGACGACUUCGUCUACCCUGCCAUAAUCACCAGGGACGAUUUCGCCGAUAACCCAGACUUUGAUCCAGACUCGUUCCUUUACGACAACCAUAGAUUCACUUCCUUAGAUUCCCUCCUUAGAGACCUCAAAUCGCUUUCCCAGACGCUCAACCAGGACCUUUUGGACUUGGUCAACAGCGAGUACACGAGUUUUAUCCAGUUAGGCCAAUCCAUUGGUGGAUGCUUGGACCUUAUCAAUAACAUUUCGCUUGAUGUUGGCAAGUUCAACCAACAGCUUCAGUUUUCGAAAAAGAACCUUACGGAUUCUUCAGUUACGGCAAAAAGAGCACUCCAGCAGAAAGAGCGUCUUAAUGUGCUUAAAAAUAAAGCUAAAUUGAUCCUUUUGCUUAACGAACAGUGCUCCAGCUUUGAGACGCUUCUAGGGCUUGACAUUGGUGAACUCAGCAGUGAACGCCUUAAACCAAAGCUUUCUACGUUAACUACAUUGUACCUUUCUGCUACAAAGAUUUAUGCUAUUUUGAACGAGUCCAAGGAGGACGAAGGAUGUGUGUUUUUUGAGAAGAAUCUUAAAACGAGGCUUCUGUCUUUGCAACUUGAGUUCAAAGCAUAUAUAAAAGAAACUCUCGAUACUGUCAAGACGAAGCCAAGCGGGUAUGAAGACGUGAUUAUGAGCUUACUACAUUGCCAGCGUAUUGUGGGUAACGUCUCGGAGGCCAAGUGA